AUGAAGAUCACACAAGUGGUCAAGGACCUCGAGAUGGGGAUGGAGGAGUCACAGAACCAGCGCGAUAACAGGGUCGAGGACCUGUGGAGGAAGCUGGACCCACAGGGCACGGGGGAGCUGGACCUGAAGGGGCUGCAGAAGGGCCUGCGGAGGAUAGACCAUCCUCUGAAGAACGCCGACGACCUGCUGGGGGAGGUUAUCAACGUGGUCGACACCAAUCGGGACGGCAAGAUACAGUAUGAAGAGUUCCGUGUCUUCGUCGAGGCUGCCGAGCGCCAGCUGCUCCGCCUCUUCAAGUCCAUCGACCGGGAUCAUGAUGGAAAACUAGGUCAGGAGGAGCUGAGCCUGGCAUUCCAGAAAGCAGGGCUUUCCGUGCCCAAGAGGAGGCUCUCUGGGUUCUUUGAAGAGGUCGAUAUGAACCACGAUGGCUUCAUCAGUUUCGACGAGUGGCGGUAA